AUGGAUAAGGCUGAGUACUGCAAAAAACUAGGCAACCUCUUGAUGGACGAGGAAGCUUAUGCGCCAUCGACUGUCAGCGAGUUCAAAAAGCUCGUAAACAACAUAAACAAGACGAUCGGCAAGCUGAGGAAGGCGGGCGCUCUUACUAGAAGGGAAGCGCUGGCCGCAAAAGCCAGUGAUGCCGCAAUGGCGCGCUUCUACGGCUUACCAAAGGUCCACAAGCCGGGAGUGCCGCUACGCCCCAUCGUCUCCUUACGUGGUACCCCAACUUUUGGGCUGUCAAAGUGGCUGUACCAGCGACUUCGUUUCCUUACCAAGGAUUCAGAGUGGACAGUGAAGUCGGCUGAAGAGUUUUUGGCCCGCAUCAAACGUCCGGAAGUGGAGGCAGAUGAGGUGAUGGUGUCUUUUGACGUGAUCUCAUUGUUCACCUCCAUCCCACCCGCGCUGGCUAUCGACACUAUUGACGGUUUUCUCCGGGAAAAGUAUGAUGAGACCGAUCAACAGCUCAAACGAGUUCACAUCAUCGAGCUCCUAUAA